AUGGCAGACGAAUACGACGAGGCGGUGAAUAACUUCGUCGCACGGGAAAAUGCAUACAUACCAGUGCGGGCGGAACAUUAUGAUUGGUAUCCGUUUCUCAGAGCGUUGAGCGAGGGGAAUAUGGUAGUCGGUGGCGUCAACAGGAUUCGAUUUGGUACGAGUAGAGAUAGGAUUCAAGUUGCGAUGAUGCAAAGGGAUGAACCUCCCCCAAUUCCGGCUCCACGAGUACCUAAGGCUCCUAAUACCGGGUCGUGGGACUAUACGUGGUACAUUCCCGAGUGGUCUCACCCCGAUUACGACCCGAGCGUCGUGGUCACCUUCCCGGGAGAGGUCAGGCAUCUGUCCCACAGAGAUCCGAUCACGAGGUUAUACCCGGCCCUACGAGCCGCGGACGCUGUUAGGGGGCCUACAGAUUGGGCGAAGCGUUUCGGUAUACAUCCGGAGGAAACAGGGGGUCGAAGCCGGCUCAGCCCUUCACUCUCCGCCACCCGAGACCCAUUUGACUACUUUGCGAACCAGGUCAACAUGCUAUCUGAAGACUCGAGGCGUCGUGCCAUCGAGGCGUCCAGAGUAGCUGCUUACAAGGCGGGCGGUCCCAUUCCCACCGACCCCAACUACGUCGACCCGAACGUGUUAGAGGAGCUACUAUCCGAACACAAGGUGCUGUCCGGCAGGGUGGUGAGAGAAAAGCUACAGCAGGUAUUCAGCAGACCUGGGGAAUUCGAAGAUAUCACGAACCUCGAAACAUUCAUCCAGGGCUUAAACGAUCAGUCACCGGAUACUUACAAAUUCCACCAACAAUUUUUGGAGAAUGCCUUACAUGAUCAGGACUACCAGCGAUUCAUAUUCAACAACUUGACGAGCGACGAGAUCGUCACCAACAACUUUUUCAACACCUCGGGCGGCUUCUUUUGCAACUUAGAUAACCAAAUUCACCCUGUUCUUUCGAGGCAACACUGGUGUGAGAGUGACUGGAAGGGAGCCAUCCGGCGUGAACCUCGAUACCUCUAUAGCAUGGGCGGCGAAAGGCUUGAAUGGGAUAUCCUACACAACGACGCCAUAUGGAACGCGAUACGGCCCGCAUUACAGCUCGUGUCACUGGUUCUUAAUAGCGAACAUCCCAUGCUUCAAAUGCUGUCGGAUAUGACAAAUCGACAACCAGUAGCCCCCGAAAGGGACAAUCGAACCGAACCUAGGACAGCCUGGCUGUGGGCGUUUCACCCACAACCCUCAGAAGGGUACUCGUUUGCGCCUCUGGGAGUCGCCGAGCUAGCCGCAUCGGGGUUCAACUGGCCCAAAGAAACGUGGGAUACUCUCAAUCAUUGCCUCGACAUCGAUAUCGUAAGCGGACACCUCGAGAUCAAAGAUGACGCGUCGGACCUUGUUAGAAUAAGAGAGAACCGAAGCUUCGGAUACGGGAGCACGAGAACCAAUUAUGCCGGCCCAGAUUCUCGCAUACAUAUCACACUCAGCGGCGAAUUGCUCUGGCCGUUGCUGGUGCCGCAGUACAAUGGAACUGAGAAGUUGACGGCCUCUUUUCAGGUAGCCGCAACCCUAAUACACGAACUAGGGCACGCCAUCAUCCAAGCCCAUGCGCUUAUUACCGCCUACCCAGAAUGGGGUCAGUAUAUGGGCUACGAUGAUUUGACGAGGGAUCGACUCCGAAGAUUGGGCGACGAGCUUUGGGACACAAAAUUGGAAUCCUGGGAGCCCUACCGCCAGGAUGCCUCGGCUAAUGAGUGCGGUUUCGAACUGGAAAAGGCUGUAUGGGGUUUCCCUGUGUUUAAUCUGAUGCAGUACACCAACUUGAAUCAAUCCCGACAGCUGUACACCGUUCCGUUCCUUGCUAGCCAUGUCCCAUGGCCCUACGCCAAUACGGCCGCUCGGGAGGACGAUUUACCUGUCAAGGGUGGCUCGUUUCCAAUUGCCGACUACUUUAUGCCGAUUCCUAUUGACCACAUGGCAAAGUUCUUCAGAAAGCAGUUUUGGGAAACGGAUUUCGUCAAUUACGGGUUCGAAGCUCUCAAAUUGACCCCGGGGAGCCAUUCCUAUAAGACGGUUAUGAUGCCGGAGAAGUUCGAUCAUGAACGCGGCAACGCAACUUUCGGCGUUUUCGAAUGGCAAUUCUUGUGCUUCGUAACGCAGAUGUUGAGCACCAAUGAAUUCCCCACCUUGUCAGAUUAUGUGGCUCGGUCUAUGUGGAUGGUUAUGCUUCCCGGAAUCUACGUCGACCGUUGGACGAGAGAAAUGGAGAAAUGGAAAGUAGAUUGGAUGUUAGAGCUCGACAAAACCGUGGAGGAAUUGAGGCUACGCCUCUUAGAAGCGAAAGACAUCAGCCAAGCGAGUAUCGAAAGCGACCAAGGCCUGACAAGAAGAUGGCAGCAGUACGCCCUGAAUACUCAAGGGAGCGGAGGGAUUCCGAUGAGCCUGCAAGAUUGGACGAUGCAAAUGAAGGUCCGUCUGACCCAGCUCUUUUGCAACGGGGGUGAAUUGAUGCGGCUGUACCUUACGCUCUACAGGAAAUUCAUGGACGAGAUCAGGUACAUGCAGCGGCUGAUAUUCGAUUGUUUCAAUCUGCACCCCGACUCCAGGCAGCAUUUGGACGGAUACGGGACCGGUGUCACGCGCGGUUGGCAAGCCAUCCCGCCCGUGAAGGAAGCAUACGUGCGGAUGCUCCAAGAGCGCCAGAGGGCGCGUUGGUUCUUUGGUACUCUCAACGGUAUAUGUAACAUAAACCAGUUGGUCGCGCUCAAACCACAGUACCAGGAAUGGGCGAGGAGAUUCCAGUAUAUCUGGAAACUGUUCGACGAACUUAUCAAGAUGAUGGAAAAUCCUCCCGCCCCUGGCUCCGACGACAGGAGUUGGAAGAAGCGCUUCUCGACCGUGCCGUCCUCUUAUUGGAAGGCCAGCACCGAUCGUAUCCAGAUCCUCGCGCAGAGAGAGUAUGUUCGAGUAGACCCUCGCAUCCGCAGCGUCAUAGAAGACUGCAUGCAAAUCGUCCGUAACAGCGGAAACAAGGCGCUGCUGAAAGAGCCGUUCGUGAUACCCGACGUCAAUGCUCUGACCGAGGCUAUGAGGAAGGCGAGUGCCCCGGAACCUCUACCUCAAACGCCGCAUACCAUUUUCAGCUGGCACCCGCCGACUGGCGGGCAGCGGAGCGACGAUGCCAACCAAGUGCCGCCUGUAUUACAGAAUCCUAGCACUAGCGCCCCCAGCCAGGUGAACACAGGUCUCGUGUUCGGUCAGCCAGGCCAGCUCGGCCCGGCGUCCAGAUUAGGAGCUAUCCCUGCCCGCCGAAACGAUGACCUGCCGGCUGGUGCGAGCGACACCGGCUUCAAUACUUGGGCCGCGAAGACAGGGUUCCCGGAACCUAAAACAGGAGCGCCAAAGAUCUCAUUUGGUACGGGAGGGGCGAUGAACGUCCCGCCUGGAGGGUCAAAAUUCACGGGUUCCGGACACGGGACCUUGUUCCCGGCUCCAGGCGCUGACGCAAACACGCUGACAUCGGACGUGGAGUACUUCAAAGACACGCGUAUCAUGGAUCAGUGGGAGUUCAACAUGUUGUUCAAUCCGGCGUUUAGGACGAAUCAGGGUUAUCGAGACGUAGUGCCGCCGUAUAACGACGAAGAGGACGAAGAAGCGCAAGAGAGAGCUCGUCAGCAUGCACUUGCUAGACGUAACGCUUUUGCCGGCCCGUCUGAUAGUCCUUCGGUCUUCAGUCCCUCUAAUUCUGCUCCCACCCCUUACAUUUCCCCUGAAUACUUGCCGGGGCCCAAGUCCCCCGGAGACGCGCCUGACUUUUCGGAUCUCUUCCCAGCUGGCUCGCCGAUAAACGCAGAUGAGCCCUUCGGAGCAGACCCCGCUACUCACCUCUACGACAUGUUCAGCGACGUCGAUUUCGAAUCGAUUGGUGCUGCGACUAUGGAUCUGGGUAAUUUUCCAUGGAAUCCUGACGAUAACGACCCAAAUAUCUCAUUGAAGAAUCUUUCCUUCUGA